UAUUGGAAGUGUUUCUGGUCUGCUCCUCAGGCAACAGCCUGAAAGGUAAAGAAUAAAACGCAAGCAUGGAGACAAACGCAGCUCCAAAGGAAACCUCCAGCAGCAGCAACAACAGAAACCCAGGUGGAAGAGGGGAUGGAGCGGAACCAGGUAAGUGCAGGAGAGGCGGCUUGCGGGGCAACAACAGAUCAUCCUCUGUUUGGGGCUCUGGGUAGGAGGGCCGCCUCUGAGAUGGGCUGAUGUGUGGGGAGCGGAUGGGAGGGGGAAUCUCGGCUCUAAGGAAGGGGUCAGCAACCUGUGGUCCACGGGGGUCGUUUAACCGGCCCCCGAGCCACCCCCGAACUGAGCUGCUUGUUCGGCGAGUCCCCGCGCACUGCAAUAAACCAGCGCAGCACGGUGUGGGGACUCGCUGCUGCGGUGCCGAAAAUCGCGCCUAUGCAUGCGCAGACACAGGAAAUCAUGCAUGCGCGCGCUCACACUCGCUGACAAUCUGGACCACAGAGAGAUCUCCGCUGGAGUGAACCAGCCCAGGCGAGGCAAACCUUGCCGACCCCUUCUCUAAGGUGCCCCAGCCUGGAUGCUUGGGGGAAGCCAAAGUUCUGCUUUGUAUCAUCGCAGGAAGGGACUGCAAAAGACGACCCCCGCUUUCUGGUUUGUGAACUCUCUAGGUCUAACGCACGCUCCUCGAGAGCGCCAGACAGAGCCCAGCUGUCCUAAGAAGCUUGCAAAGAGGGUCCUAUCAAGGCUAUCGGCAUAGAACGUGGGUCGGCAAGCUAAGGCCCAGGGGCUGGAUCUGGCGCAAUUGCCUUCUGGAUCCAGCCCGCGGACGGUCCGGGAAUCGCUGUGGUGAUCCUGAUCAUUCAGGCUUUGUCAUUUCCCCCCAUCCACACUGCCACGGCGACGGCUCCUCCCUCCCUCCUCCUGGCUUCUCCCUGACCUGCCUAGAGGAGGAAGGGGGCUGGGCUUUGUUGAGCCGCGGAUGGCUGAGUGCCAUUUUACGCAGCCCUUCUCCGGAGCCAGCCCCUUUGCGCCACUCAUCAUCCCUCCACCGCCACUGCCGCCAGCCCCUGCCGCUCGCAAGGCACAGGUAAGCAGCGACCAGGCUCGUCCGGUGCUGUGGAGAAGGGAGGGGAGAGUCGGUGGGGUGGUGGUGGUUUUCUUCAAAAGAUAGUUCAGCCCCACAAGAUAAAAAUUGUUGGAAGUGUAAGGAGAAGGAGGGGAAUUUCCUCCAUAUGUGGUGGACAUGUCCUAGCCUCACCUGUGCUUUACAGGGCCAGCUUCCUCCACCUUCGCCUCCUCAUUGGCUUGUCGAAUCUGCCGUCGUAUCCCCUGCUGCAAGCGUCCUGCAAAGCCGUUGGCUCCAUUGCCUGCAAGGAGGAAUCCAGUCCAGGGUGAGGGUUGCGCUCUCCAGCCCCCUGCCCACGCCUCCCUUCCUUCUCCACCGGGGCGUAGCCACAAAUCAAGUAAAUAAAUAAAAAUACUCAGCAAACUGACCAAACAAGUUGCAGGUAGCUCGGUUCUGCCCCCCUAACAAAAGUCCUGCCCCCCUGAAAUCCUGGCCAUGCCCAUAUGCUCCACCACCUGCCCCCCCAGUGAUGCAGUUCCUCCUCACUCCUCUAUGAUGGCAUCCCGCUCCUCUUUGAUGGGCACCUAGCCCAGCACCCUCAUGAUGGUGUCCAACUGCUUGGUGCUGAUGUCUUCACUACCAUCAGCAUCAAAUCAUAAUCAUUUAUUACUUAUACCCCGCCUAUCUGGCUGGGCUUCCCCAGCCACUCUGGGUGCCUUCCAACAGGAGAUUAAAAAUACAUCAAAACACCAGUCAUUAAAAGCUUCCUUCAGAGGUCCUUCCACCACCAACUGCAGCACCCUCCACCUUCCUCUGCUCAGAGAUGGGUUGAGAUUUGCAGGGGCUAGUUUGGUUUUUGCCGGAGCCCUGAGGUCCACCAGCUGGAGCCAGCUGCACAGCAGCAGCUCAGGGCAGGGGUGUCUACUUAGAAUCCCGUCCGUGAAGAAGGCAGGGCAUAAAUACCCUGACUCCCCGACUCCAUGCCUUCCUGAGUCUUUGCCCCUCCAAGCAAUCCCCAAACUUACAUAGUAUGGAUGGCAGCAGAGCCCAGAGGAUGAGCGAGGGACCCAUUGCGAAGAAGAAGGAGAACCUGAUGGACUUCACGCUGGGAGGCAGCUCUGAAUGGUGCUCAAGGCUCAGAUCGGCAGCCAUAUAUCCUCCCCCCUCCCUCCCCCCUCCUCUCCUGGGUUGGGCUGGGACAGAAGCCAAGCGGAUUUGAGUGUGUGGGUGCAGCUGGCUCCUGGUCCAGAUAAUUUCCCCGUGAUAAUCAAUCAAAAAUAACACAAGAGGCACCUGCUGGAUCUAGCCAAUGGUCCAGCAUCCUCUUCUCAAAGUGGCCAACCAGGAUAUGGGCAGAAGAGCAAUACCCUCCCCUGCUGUGUUUUCCAGCCCCUGGUUUCUGAAACAUUGCUGCCUCUAACUGUGGAGACAAAGCAUAAAUGUUGUGCCUGGUAGCCAUUGGUCCAGCAACAGGAACCAGUAAGCAGCCCUUAUAGAAUCACAGAACCAUGGAAUGGUAGAGUUGGACGUGGUCCAAGGGUCGUCUAAUCCAUGCAAGAACCUCAAUUUAGGCAUCCAUGACAGAUGACCAUUUGGCCUCCACUUAAAAAUUGCCAACAAAGGAGAGUCCACCACAGAGGGAGUCUGUUCCACUGUCAAACAGCCCUUACUGUCAGAAAGUUCUUCUGGAGAAAGUUUUAUCCUGGAGCAGGAGAAAACAAGCUUCCUCCAUCUUCCAUGUGAACAGCCUUUAAGAUAUUUGAAGAUGGCCAUCAUAUUUCCUCUCCGUCUCCUCUUUUUCAAACUAAACAUACCCAGCUCCUUCAACCGUUCCUCAUCAGGCUUGGUUUCCAGACCAGUGAUUGUCUUGGUUCGCCUCCUCUGUACCCAUUCCAGCUUGUCAACAUCCUUCUUAAAUUGUGGUGCCCAGAAUUAGGCACAGUAUUCCAGGUGUGGUCUGACCAAGGCAGAAGAGAGCGGGACUAAGACUUCUUCCCAUGAUCUGGACUCUAGACUUCUGUUGGUGCAGCCUAGAAUAGCAUUAGCUUUUUCUCCUGCUGCAUCACACUGUGGACUCAUGUUCAGCUUGUAGUCCACCAAGACCCCUGGAUCCUUUUCACAUGUACUGCUAGUAAGUCAGGGGUCCCCCAUCCUAUCUUUGUGCAUCUGGUUCUUCCUGCCUAAGUGCAGAACCUGACAUUUGUCCCUUUUGAAAUUCAUUCUGUUAGCUUGCACCCAGUCCUCCAAUCUGCUAAGGUAAUAUUGAAUUCUGAUUCUCUCUUCUGCAGCAUUAGCUACCCCUCUCGUUUGGUGUCAUCUGCAAAUUGGAUGAGCAUCUCCUCAAUUCCUUCAUCCAAGUCAUUUAUAAAGACGUUUAAACAACAACGGGCCCAGGACAGAACCCUGCAGCUUCUCACUUUUUCCAGGAUGACGAGAAACCAUUAAUGAGUACUCUUUGGGUUCGGACACUUAAAAAAUAAAAUGUAUUAUGUACCUUGAUGGGCCACCCUGGACUGGAUGGAUAGAUUUAAGACUUCAGGACUUUACAAAGAAGUCCAAUCCACGUUUUAGUUCUUGAAUGGCCUUUCUGAGCAAACUUCAAUGUACUCAGGGAAAAGCUUUCUCCAGUUUCAAAGCAAGACAAACGGCUGGAUUGUUGAAUUGGUUUGUUUUUACUCAUUUCUAGGCAAUCUGCUGUUUUCGUUUUUAUUUUAAAAAAGAUCUGUUUGAAGUCGAUGGAUUUUUAUUUUUUAUAGCACCAGUUUGGUCUUGGUGUAUGCAUAUUGGAAUGCUUGUAUCUUACCUUUUAGCAAGAACAGAUGUAAAACUCUUCUGAUUGAUUUCUUAAAUUCGUAAGAAUGCAUUAUAGAUGGACUGUUAUUUGGAUUUAGAAUGACUGUUAGGCUGACGUCUGACCAUGUAGCCAGAAGGCAUUUCAGUUGCAGUGAGUGGUUUAUCCCUGUGGCAUAAUUGUGGUGUUGUGGUUGCAGAGUUUAAAACAUGGAGCCAUAAAUCCAUCCUUUUUCAAAUUUGGUGAUGGUAUCUUUUGCUUGCUCUUCUUAUAUAGGUGCCUGAAGGAGUUGUAAAUUCUCUUUGGUUACCUUUUGGCAUAGAUGUAUUUGCAAAUACUUGCUCUGUAUUUGUGACGGUUGGAUGUUAUAUUUAAAAAACAAACAAGAAAAAAGAUGAAUAAAAUAAAAAAAUAAAAUAAAAAGUAUAGAAAUUAAAAAAUAGAUUUUUUUUAAAAGGGAAAAAAGUGGUAGUAAUAAUGAUAAAAAAAUUUCAGUGGUGAUUCGAGUUAUAAAAAGGUAAAGGGACCCCUGACCAUUAGGUUCACUUGUGACCAACUCUGGGGUUGUGGCGCUCAUCUCGCUUUAAUGGUCGAGGGAGUCGGCGUACAGCUUCCGGGUCAUGUGGCCAGCAUGACUAAGACGCUUCUGGCGAACCAGAGCAGCGCACGGAAACGCCGUUUACCUUCCUGCCGGAGCGGUACCUAUUUAUCUACUUGCACUAUGACGUGCUUUCGAACUGCUAGGUGGGCAGGGAAGGCGGAAUUCCUGUUUUGAACCUCCCCGUUACAAGACCAAAUUAAACUUUUAGAAAUCCAAUUCUUCCAUUUCAGCUCUACUCACGGGUAAUUACUUUAAAGUCAAAUUGUCCACAGGAAAAGGUCAGCGCUCUCCGGCAACAGCUAUGCGGCUUCGCUCCGUGGAAGAAGCAGACGAUUUGAUGCACCGUGCCGCUCACCCCAACUCGCUCCGGAGCCCCAAAAACCGGGGUUCGCUGCGAGUGGGGGAGGCGCAAAAGGUGCCCGCCGAAUCCCACGUUCACAGGCUUCUCCCGCCUGUGAUUUUAACGGGUCUCCGCCUUCGCCGUGGCGGCCAGACCCAGAUUUCUGCGGAGCAGAUUCCUCCCGAACAGAGGAAUUCUGCCAUUACUGGAGGCGCCUCCCCCGGAAGUCCUCUAAUUCGUGAGAGUUUAAAUACUAAUAAUAAAGUUAGGAAAAGAGAAGUUUUGGGAAGACCCACCCAGUGCCUGUCUUCCCCUGGGGUGACACCGUUGGCGUGGCUCUCAGUUGGGCCUCUGCCCGCCUCCCUUGUGCCCAUCGCCAGAUGCGACAGUUAGAUGUUGUGAUGAGCAGAGAUCUUGAUAGCCAAGUGGAAUUUGCCUUGCAGUUUCAGAUGCGGAUGUUGCUGUUUUAUCUGAUGAAUCUGAUGAAUACCUUUCAACUAAGUUGGCAGCACUCUGGCUGCUUUGUUGCCAGAAUCAGGCAAUCAUUGACUAACUGAAUUAGUGCAUCGUUCCAACUUUUCUAGCUGAAGGUAUUGGUGCGUGUGAGAUGCAAGUCAAGGCCCGAAUGCGGAGAGGGGGAAAUGUCAUGCGGGUGUCAUGUUGUGGCCGAGGGUGGGGUGUGGCACGUCGGACAUUCAAACCAUGCCACCUACGUUGCGCCUGCAAUCUUGGCUACAUGCGGCAGGAGUGCAGGGAGUGGGAAAGGUGAUGUGCUGGUCCAGGGGGGAGGUUACCGUGGGGCGAGGUCCAGGACCUGAGUCAAGGGUUGGCAGACAGUCCUCCACGGGCGAAGCGGGGUCCACAGCGAGGAGCCGGGCAAGGACAGGAACUCUGGGGGAACAGGACUGGGUGCUGGCCGAAACAGCUCUUCAACGACGUUGCUCCUGCAACCUGGGACCGGGCUGACUGGCCUUUAUCUUCUCUGAGGCCAGGGGCGGCCCCGGCCCCCAGGUGACCUGCCUCUCCUGGCCUUAAGGUGAGCACUCCUCCUGGGAGAAACCAGUUCCCUCCGCCUCUCUGCCCUGAGCCUCUGCAGCUCAGGAAAGGCUGGUGGGUUACUGGACCCAGGGGGAGACUCACUUUCCCCUGACAGGGCUGGGAGAGGUGCACCUGUAGGCAAUGCGUCCUCAAUCGCCUCCGGAGCCAGAGUGGAUUCACCUGGUGCCUGCUCCUGAGGAUCCAGCACAGGUGCAGGUGCUUCAGAAUCAAGGCCCUGCCCCAGCUCAGCCGGCCCUGGAGGUGGGGACUCCUGUGCAGGCUGGGAUUCCUCCGGUUCAGCCUCUGAAUUGGAUUCCCAGGCCAUCACACCAUCCCCCCUCCCAGGCCCCCCCCUCAACCAAGGGUCUGGACCCGGCUUGCUGGGGUACGCCGCAUGGAAAUCUCGGAGGCAGGCAGGCGCGUGGACGUUGGCUGCUGGUUCCCAGGAACGGUCCUCAGGUCCAUACCCCUUCCAGUCUAUGAGAUACUGCAGCUUUCCCCUGCGGUAUCGGGAGUCCAGAAUGCGUUCCACCUCGUACUCAGGCUCCCCCUGAUCCAAAACUGGCUACGGUCGGGGACGGUUCGGGUGGAACUCAUCGGGCGGGGCCACCGGACUCAGAAGGGACCUGUGGAAUACCGGGUGAACCUUCAGGGUUGUGGGCAACCGGAGACGGAAUGCCACAGGUGAGACCUGGUCCACGAUGGGAAACGGGCCAGUGAAACUGACGUCCAGCUUCCACGAAGGUUGAGAGGGGUGGAGGUGGCGAGUGGAGAGCCAGACCAGGUCACCGAUGUGGAAUACCGGCCCCACCUGGCGGUGGCGGUCGGCCUGGGCCUUGUACGCCUCCUUGGCCUGGCGCAGCUGCUCCAUCAAUAGCUGUUGCUGGGACUGGAGCUCCUGAAGCCACUCCGUCACCGCAGGGACCGUGGAUGCCGGCAGCACAUCUGGGAACAGCCGCGGAUGAUAACCGUAACUGGCCUGGAACGGGGUCUGCUGGGUGGACGCGUUCAUCGCGUUGUUGUAGGCAAACUCCGCCAAUGCUAGGUGGUCGACCCAGUCAUCCUGUUGGUAGCUGCAGUAACACCGGAGGUACUGCUCCAGCACCGCGUUUGCCCGUUCCGUCUGGCCAUCGGUCUGUGGGUGGUAGCCUGAUGAUAGACAGACCUCUGUCCCGAGGGUCUGGUGCAAUGCUUGCCAGAACCGGGAUGUGAACUGAACACCCCGGUCGGACACCACACGUUCAGGUAGGCCAUGCAGGCGGAAGACAUGCUGAAGGUACAGCUGAGCGGUUUCCUUAGCUGUGGGUAUGGAUGGGCGGGGGGCUCAGUGCACCAUCUUAGUGAAAUGGUCAGAGAAAACUAGGAGGCAGGUACAGCCACGAGACGGGGGUGAGUCCACUACAAAGUCCAGCGAAACCGUGUGCCAAGGAUGUGGUGGGACUGGCAACGGCUGAAGUAGGCCGGGGGGUCACCUGGUAGGGCCCUUGGCCCGCUGGCAGACGUCACAACCAGCGAUGUAGCGAGCCACGUCAGCCUUCAAGCGGGGCCACCAAAACUCGCGGCUUACCAGAUGGGUGGUCCGAUACCGCCCAAAGUGUCCCGCUGCUGGGGCAUCAUGGGUCAUCCAGAGAACCUCAGCCCACAGUGGCCCUGGCGGGAUGUACAGGCGACUGUGGUACAGCAGAAGGCCCUGAUGCAAGACCAGCCCCGGAUACUGGGGGCAUGACCCUUUGGCCAGUUCCUGAAGUCGUUCCUGGGCCCAAGCGUUGACCUGCUGCUGUUCCCGCACCCGAGCCUGCAGUGGCUCAGCCUCCUGAGUGGCCAGGAACGCAGCCGGUGGUAGGAUCGUGGUUGGUACUGCUUGCUGUACCGUGUCUGCGCUGUCUUCAGGUUUCCGUGACAGGGCAUCUGCCUUCAGGUUUUGGGAGCUAGGGAUGUAGCGGAUCCGGAACUGGAACCGGGAAAAGAACAACGCCCACUGGAUCUGCCUUUGGUUCAGCUUGCGGGUGGUCUGGAGGUACUCCAGGUUCCGGUGGUCGGUUCUCACCUCCACCGGGUGUUGUGCCCCCUCUAGAUGGUGGCGCCAGACCCCAAAGGCCACUUUGAUGGCCAGUAGUUCCCACUCCCACACGGUAUAGUUACGCUCCGCCGGAAAGAGCUGGCGGGAAUAGAAGGCGCAGGUUAACAGUGGUGCAUCAGGUCCACGCUGCUGGGACAAGACGGCACCGAGAGCCGUGCUGGAGGCAUCAGUCUCUACCACAAAAGGUCGAGAUGGAUCAGGAUGUUGCAAGAUCGGCGCUCUCUGGAAACAGGCUUUCAACCCCUGAAAUGCCUCCUCCGCCUCCUUGUCCCAGGAAAAUGGCAUCUUGGGGUGCAGUAGCCGGGUCAACGGGGUGGUACGAUGAGCAUAAUCUGCAAUGAAGGUCCGGUAAUAGUUGGCGAACCCCAGGAAUCGCUGUAGGUCCUUGCGGUUCCGAGGUGCCGCCCACUCCUGAACCGCUGCCACCUUCCCAGGAUCCAUCUGCACCCCAUCUGGAGAGAGUCGGUGACCCAGGAAGUCCACUGACUGCUGAUGGAACUCACACUUGCUGAGCUUCACAUACAGGCGGUGCUCCCGCAAACGCUGCAGCACGGUCCAGAUAUGACCCUUGUGGCGAGCCGGGUCACGGGAGAAAACCAGAAUGUCAUCCAAGUAGACCACCACGUACUUGUCUAGCAAGUCCUGAAACACAUGGUUGAUGUACCGUUAGAACACCGCAGGCGCGUUGCACAAUCCAAAGGGCAUAACCAGGUAUUCGAACUGCCCAUACCGGGUCCCGAAUGCAGUCUUCCACUCAUCCCCGGCUUGGAUCCAAAUUAAAUUGUAGGCCCCCCCCGGAGGUCUAGCUUGGUGAACACCUGCGCCCCUUGCACCCGCUCCAGCAACUCCGAAAUAAGGGGCAAGGGGUACCGGUCUGGGAUGGUAAUUUUGUUCAGGGCCCGGUAAUCAUGGCAAAGGCGAAGCUCCCCACAUUUCUUCUUAACGAAGAGCACUGGCGCAGCGGUAGGCGAGGUAGAAGUGAAACCACGCUCCAGGUUCUUGCGCAGGAAGUCCUGCAACGCUUUGCGCUCUGGCUCCGUAAGAGAGUAUAAGCGACUCACCGGCAGGGGUGCUCUGGGCUGGAGGUCUAUUCCGCAGUCAAAAGACCGAUGCAGUGGCAGCUGGUCUGCCCCCCGUUCCAAGUCUUGGUAGUCCCGGUACUCAGUGGGGAGCGUUGAUGCUAGCAUCUCGGACCGAGCAUGGGAACAUGGGUCUGGGAAAUGCACAGUCUGAUUGACCCAGUCAAUCUGAACAUUGUAAACCUCCAGCCAGUCCAUCCCGAGCACCAGGGGGAACCGGGGCAUGGAGGCAAUGUCCAAAGUUCGCAUCUCCCGGUGCUGCUGGAGACACAAGACCAAGGGCUGGGUCUCCUGAGUGACGCCACCCGAACGCAAGAGCCGUCCAUCACUUGCCUCCACCUGUACCGGUUUUAGCUUGUUCUGAAGUGGCACCUGAUGAUGAGCAGCAAAGGCAGCGUCCAUAUAGGAGCGGGUUGCCCCCGAAUCUACCAGAGCGUGGGUAAGAAUCCAGGGCCCACCUGGAGGGUAAAGACACACUGGAACCAUGAGAUGUCACAAUUCUACUGGUGUGGGCCCCUCUUGCAUGGUUUGGGACCCCAGGUUGCCAGGCCCUUCGGCUACCGAGGUUGGCGGUUUCCCUGCGGCUGGCAUCUUCUCGGGACAGGACCGGGCGUAAUGUCCACUCCCACCGCAGUACAGACACAGGUUCCCCUCCCGAUGCUGCGUCUUCUCUGAGGGGGAGAGGCGAGGUCGCGCAGCCCCAAGCUGAGUUAGCUCGUCCAGCAACUCAGCUGUGGCCGUGGACCUGCUGGGAACGACUGGAGCCAGGAGCCAGGAGUGCUGGCGGUCCCGGGCCUGGCGACGGUCCUCCAACCGCUCGUCUAUCUGCAGGCUCCGCUGAAUGAGGGCGUCCAGUGUGGUGGGAUGAUCCAUCGUGGCCAACUGAUCCAGUAUCUCAUCCGACAGUCCCUCAAGAUACUGGUCCCAAAGUGCAGCGUCAUUCCAAGACAAGUCCUGCGCCAACAGCCAGAAUUCUGUGGUGUAGGCGGUGGCUGUGGACUUGUCCUGUCUCAACCGACGAAUCGCCCGAUUGGCUUGGCUCUCCUUCAGAGGGUUGCCAAACGCAGUCUCUAAGUGGUUACAAAACCCCGCAUAGUCUGUUAGCAAAGGAGAGUCUUGCCGAAGCAGUGGCAAAGCCCACUUGGCCGCCUGGUCCUUUAACAAACUGAUCAAGAAGUGCACCUUGGUGCGGUCGUCAGGGAAGUUCCGGGCUCGCCCCUGAAUAUACAACUUGGCCUGGGCGAGGAACAUCCAGGUCCCCAUCAAAUUUCUCUGGCAAGGCCACUGGAUACUUGCCUGGAGCUGGGGCGUCGGCCCCAGGAGCCGGUAGGGCGUCCAACCGCUGCUGAAGCGCUGUAACCACAUCGCUUAGCUGCUGAAGGGUGUGGGUCAAGGCCUGGUUCUCCUGGGCCAAUGCCACCAGCGCAGCUGCCUGGUCAGCCAUGGCCUCUGGCUCUUCCCAAAUGCACCCCAACGAAGGGGGAGUGCGGGUGUGGCGGGAGCAAACUGUGCUGGUCCAGGGGGGAGGUUACCGUGGGGCGAGGUCCAGGACCUGAGUCAAGGGUCGGCAGACAGUCCUCCACGGGCGAAGCGGGGUCCACAGCGAGGAGCUGGGCAAGGACAGGAACUCUGGGGGAACAGGACUGGGUGCUGGCCGAAACAGCUCUUCAACGACGUUGCUCCUGCAACCUGGGACCGGGCUGACUGGCCUUUAUCUUCUCUGAGGCCAGGGGCGGCCCUGGCCCCCAGGUGACCCACCUCUCCUGGCCUUAAGGCGAGCACUCCUCCUGGGAGAAACCAGUUCCCUCCGCCUCUCUGCCCUGAGCCUCUGCAGCUCAGGAGAGGCUGGUGGGUUACUGGACACAGGGAGAGACUCACUUUCCCCUGACAGGGCUGGGAGAGGCGCACCUGUAGGCAAUGUGUCCUCAAUCGCCUCCGGAGCCAGAGUGGAUUUACCUGGUGCCUGCUCCUGAGGAUCCAGCGCAGGUGCAGGCGCUUCAGAAUCAAGGCCCUGCCCCAGCUCAGCCGGCCCUGGAGGCGGGGACUCCUGUGCAGGCUGGGAUUCCUCCGGUUCAGCCUCUGAAUUGGAUUCCCAGGCCAUCACAGGUGAUGUCGGGGUGGGUGCCUGGAGCGAACAGGAAUAAGUCACAGUGUCUGUGAAUUUAACUCUUUAUUCAAAGAAGCAAACAACUCAGAAGGCCAGGCCUAGGGAGACAUCUUCCCAAUACAGUCAUACCUCGGGUUACAGCCGUUUCAGGUUGCGCUUUUUCAGGUUACAGACCGCCGAAACCCAGAAGUACUGGAAUGGGUUAAUUCUGGGUUUUGGCAGUCGCGCAUGUGCAGAAGUCCUAAAUUGUGCUUUGCGCAUGCGCAGAAGAGCUGAAUCGCAACCCGCGCAUGCACAGACAUGCAGACGAGGGUUGUGAACGCUGCGGGUUGUGAAGGUGCAUCCCGCAUGGAUCACGUUCUCAACCUGAGCAUCCACAGUAGGUCUUGCCCCAAUGAGGAGGUUCUGAGGACUGAAGGUCCUCAACUUCCUAUAGUUGCCUAAGCAUAGCUGUCAACGUUUCCCCUUUUUAAGGAAAAUUCCCUUAUUCCAAAUAGGAUUCCUUGCAAGAAAAGGGAAAAGCUGACAGCUAUGUGCCUAAGCUUGAAUGUGGAGAUCAGAAAAUGCACAGCGCGCCUUGUUGGGGAAGCCAGCGCCUUGUCACAGAAACCACGUCCCCACAGCCAGUGCUUUUUCUGAGACGGUGCGUGCCGGUGCGCCGUAUCGCCACCUUGCUUGUCUGACCCCCGCUCCCUCCCCCCGCAUCCCCGCCCCUUUGCCUGUUCCUCUGCUGCCGCGCUAAAGGCACCGCUUUGGCUGCCUGUCACCGGGCAACUUCCAGGAAGGCGCUUUGUUGUUGUUGUUUAGUCGUUUAGUCGUGUCCAACUCUUCGUGAUCCCCUGGACCAGAGCAUGCCAGGCCCUCCUGUCUUCCACUGCCUCCCGCAGUUUGGUCCAACUCAUGUUUGCAGCUUCGAGAACACUGUCCAACCAUCUCGUCCUCUGUCGUCCCCUUCUCCUUGUGCCCUCCAUCUUUCCCAACAUCAGGGUCUUUUCCAGGGAGUCUUCUCUUCUCAUGAGGUGGCCAAAGUAUUGGAGCCUCAGCUUCAGGAUCUGUCCUUCCAGUGAGCACUCAGGGCUGAUUUCCUUCAGAAUGGAGAGGUUUGAUCUUCUUGCAGUCCAUGGGAUUCUCAAGAGUCUCCUCCAGCACCAGAAUUCAAAAGCAUCCAUUCUUCGGCGAUCAGUCUCCUUUAUGGUCCAGCUCUCACUUCCAUACAUGACAGUCCUUCUGGAUGCCUGCAUUUCAUGCUUUCUGUAAGGCUUCACAUCAACUUGGUAGAAUAGAGUGGUACUUUUACUUCCCUUGAUCUGGACACUAUACUUCUACUGAUGUAGCCUAGAAUAGCAUUGGCUUUUUUUGCUGCUGCGUCACACUGUGGACUCAUGCUAAGCUUGUGGUCCACCAAGACCACUGCAUCCUUUUCACACGUACUGCUUGCAAGCCAGGUGUCCCCCUUCUUAUAUUCAUGCAUCUGUUUCUUCUUGCCUAAGUGCAGAACCUGGCAUUGGUCCCUAUUGAAAUUCAUUUGGGCCCCGUUCUCUGAUUGAAUCAUCUUGCAGCAGGGAGAAAGGGAAUGCUAUUCUAAGCUGCACCAACAGACAUCUAGUGUCCUGAUAACGGGAUGUCAUAGUCUUGCUCUGUUCUGCCUUGGGGAUUCCUUUCCCUUGCUCUCUACUUUUUAACCAAAAAGCACUUCUAACGUCUUUCAACCCCUAUCAAGUUUAGAAGAGUCUCCCACUGCUUGUGGGCAGGGUUUUCAGUGAACUUUGCCUUAUGAGUUUCGGAUUCAUGUCUCAUCUUGAAAGUCCAAUUGGGGGAAUAGCUAAGCAAAUUUCCACUAUGAUCAGCACAACAGCUCACCUUCUGAUGAUUUAGCUGGGCGAUACUUUCUUUUCUUUUCAUCAUCAUGACAUAUCAGCAGAGAGAUGGGGAUAGCUCAGUCAGUAGAGCAUGUGACCCAUGUUAGGCAAAAUAUUCUUGGGCUGCAAGGGGUUGGACUCCAUGAUCCUUGUGGCCCCUUCCAACUCUACAGUUCUAGAAUUUAUCUCGGCUCCUUCUUCUGAGAUUCAUGGCCCAGCCCAAGCCGAGGAGCAUCAAGGCUUUGCUGAACUGCUUAGCUGGUGGGUGGAAGAGACCUCCUGCCCCCCAGCUGAACAGCUCUGAUGCCUCAGAAGGCAUCCUGGCCCCCAGCAGAGGGAGCCUCGAUGCUUAUCUGGCUUGUACAUGAGCAGGAAGAGCAUCAGAGCACCAUAUAGCUGGGGGGCGGGGAGCACUGUAACUGAGUCCGGGUUCAGUAAAACUGCUUAGCUGGGGCACAGGCAGCCGUGUGCUCCUCAGUGUGCCGGUGUCUGUUGGCAUCGGUCGCUGUGAUGUUCUGGCUGAAGAAAGCUAACGAAGCUCCUGAAUGAAGGAGCAGGAGGGAGAGAACAUGCCAAUUGGGCAUGUGUCUCUACCAGGGUCCUAUUUGAGUGUAGGAUGAGCUCCUGACAGUCCUAACUGUCCCAGUAUCAAUUGCAUUUAACCUUUGGAGAGAAUGCAUCCAUGAAUGAUUCCCUGCAUUUUGUGACUCUCCUGCCUCCCUCCUAGGCUGUAUUGCACAUCUCCUGUCUGAGCUUGAAAGUGGUGCAAAUGGUCAGCCAGAAUGUUUUGCUAUGUCUGCUUUGAGUUAGCACCGGGGUGUUAAUCCAGCGCCUCUCCUGGAAGCUCUUGGACAUGUUUUGCGAACAGGGAAGUAAAAUAUGGGAUUGGAAUGUCAAUAGUUGAGACCAAAUCAACCCCAACGGAGCUAUGUAUUUUGACAUCCCAUGACCUGCAACCUUUCUCGAUGGAUAUAGAAGGAUGUUUUCAUGUUUCAUGACUACUUGUGUGCUGUGUAGAAGUACGCUAUAUAAGCUUUGUUCUGAUGUGCCUCAUGGUAGACAUUUCCUUGACUUGGCAGGGUGGGGCCUCGGCGCCUCAUCUUCCUCCCCAUGUUUGGUGCUGGAGGGGGAAAUAAGGAACAUUCCAGGAUCAAAUCCGAAGCUGGAUGAUUUUUGUAAUUCUGGGCCUGUCCCCGGAAAAAGAGGACACUUGGGUGGGGCUGGAUCCGGGACAGGACCGGAAGGCAGGAGAAGACUUGAAGGUGGGGCAUCACGUGACCAGGUGUCUGAUUAGGUAUGUUGUAAACAAAAUCUGCCCUUUUCCCUUAUGGGGUAUCCAAGAGCCUGCAUAGAGUCCUUUGUAGGUUCUCUAUCGGUAGGAGAAAAUAACAGAGGCCAACCAGAGAAUAUUGAGAAGCAAAGCAGCUCGUAAGCCUGAUCUUUAUUGAUCUGUUGCAACAGGGUGCUCCCCCCACACGCAGGAAAGGAGGAGGACCCAGAACCCAGGUGUGCCCGCCCUUAUAUAGACAUUUUAAAUUGCCCACCUUGGAGUCAAAGACCACCCCCAGAAACAUCAUACAUACGUCACAGAAAAGGUGGUCUACAACAGAAAUUUGAAUGUUGUUGCUUUUCCUGUCUGUCAGGUUAUCUGAUAAUGCCUUAUCUGAUUGCCUUUCCUGGUAGUCUGGCCAUUUCUUUGAGAUGGUGAUUUCCCAGUUCCUGAGACAACAGGAAGGCUCCCUGACCCCCUCCCUCCUUGCAGGGAAAACAUUGGGUCAGUUUGGGAGUCAAAAUGGUUUCAAGUCGGUCUUCCUGUGCUGAUCUAUGUCAGUGCUUAGUUGGUACAUUUAUGAACAUUUAAUAUAUAUAUAUAUGACCUUAAAUUUUAUUAUCACAGGUAGAGAGAGAGCAGCUGAUUUUUUUGAGCCCAGAGGAAGGGAAAGAGGGGAGACGGGCAAAGGCGAGAACAAAGAGAGGAGGAGGAAUGAAAGGAAGAAAGAUGCAGUUGUGAAGCAAAGGAUAGGUGUGGUAAACCGAUUACCCCUUCCCACCCCCCUUCAGAGUAAUACCCCUCCCCACCCUCCCACUAUAUAUAAGGGUCUGGUGACUUCUGUCUCAGUGUGUCUGAAGAAGUGGGCAUGCAGACGAAAGGUCAUACCAAGAACAAACUUAGUUGGUCUCUUUUUUUUUUUUAAAUUGAUAUUUAUUAAAUUUUCAAAAAGUGACAAAUAACAACAAAAAUUUCCAAAAAAGUUUGAACAUACAAAAAAAAACAAAAAUAAUACAGAAAUAAUAAAGAAGAAAAAACCCAGCCGCAAAAAAGAAAAAAAGAAAAACAGAAAAACAGAAAUAUAAAAUCCUUUACGAUCUCCAUUAACUUCCUUUCUAGACUUCCUCCUCCCCCCUCUCUUGUUUCUUAGUAUUUAAUUUUUACAGCAAAUCCUUUCUGCUUUUUCAUAACCAUCUAUCAUUGCGUUUCCUUGUUCUAUUUUCCCUCUUGUCAUAUAAAAACUUUAAAAACUCAAAGCUUAUAUUCCAUAUUUAGCAAAUUCUUACAUCAUUACCUUUUACAAAUCAUUUACCAAUCCUUACUUAAGUCAUAUAAUUUCAUUCAACAUCCUUCAAACAAUUAUAAACAUUCCCAAUAUUAAAAAUAAGAAAGAAAAAAUAAUAAGUCAGAUUCAGUCCAGUCAACUUCCAGCCUCCCUCCCCUGGUCCCGGGAUUGUCAGUCCUUUUAACCUCAAUAAUCCGGCUCCUUAACCUGGUUGUCUCGUGUCCGAGGCCCUCAAGUCUCUUUCUUGCCCCUUUCGCCACUCUUGUUGAUAUUUCCCUUUCAGUCGUGGAUACUCCAGCAAGAAGAUGCUUUUGACUCUUUGCAGCAAGUCCAUCCCAAACCCAUUACCCAAGCCAGACAGCAGAUAAUACCACUUCCAAUUUCCAGAAAACUUGAAGACUUCGACUACUCCAAUCCUCUGAUGGCCCAUCCCUAGACUCGGAAAGUCCAAAUAACCAUAUAGAGGGGUGUCAAUCCAUCCCCCAUUUCCAAAUCUGACCACAUUUCAUCUUUCCGAAUCAGGUUUGUCCCAAGUUCAUUUAUCAAGUUCAAAGGCUGAUCUUGCCCAUCCAUAGGUCCCUCCAUCUCUGAAGCCUCCGUCGCUACAGCAGGUUCAUAUUCUUGUAUAGACUUUAACUGAAUUUCAUUUGUUUGCUGCUGUGCUCUGGUGACUUCCGUCAUCAUCAAGGUCGACUCCUGACGCAUCUGGUCCAGCUGGGCACUUAAUUUUGCAAAACCUUCCAGGAACACUUGUUCAAGCCUUUGUACAAGCAUUGUCCUUCAAGGUCAGAAAAAAUUCUUUCCCACGAGAAUGGUCCUUCUCUUUUAAACUCUCUGCAUUGCAAUUACACUCAGUUCCACUAGAUGGAAAACCCUCUUCUUCUUCUUUUUUUAUUUUUUAAGAGGGGGAAAAACAACAGUAACAAUCUUUCUUUUUCCAGAAACACUUUAUCCAAAAUUCCCCCUUUCAAAUUCAAGAGGCAACAGUAGAAUCAAAAUGUUACCCUUCUUUUAACUAUCUGUCGAGCUGGAUAAGCUUCAAAACGUCAGUUCUGACAGCCCGCUCCUGGUUCAGGGCGGUGGAAAAUUACCUUAUUUUAAACUCACUUCCGCAGGGUUGAAAAGAUCAAAACAACCCCCCUUCUUCUCCUGCAAUCAAAAGGGGGGGUUCAGAAAUCUUAGAUGUUGAAUUUUAGUUCUCUCAAAGUUUAGUUUUCAGGCUUUAGUAUAAUUUGUCUUUGCUUUCUUCACGUAACAAAAGAACGGAAGGCGACUUCCUGUUUAGACCUUUCCGUUCCGAGUCCCAAUUAAAUUCAAUUUCAAGUUCAAGUCCAAUGUUAUUUAUUUAUUCACCCAUCUUAAAAGUAGUUCAGCUCUUCCAGGAUCAGGUACUCACGGAUAGAUGUUUUAGAUGCCAAAUUGUCCAGGAAAAAGGCAGCGCUCUCCGAAACGGCAGUGCGGCUUUGCUGCACGGAGGAAGCAGUCGACUCACAGCACCACGCACCUCCCACUCGGAGCCCGUUACCGGGCUCCUGUACAAGGGAGAGCGCUCUCGGUGCCCGCCGAGUCCCACGCCCACAGGCUUCUUCCGCCUGUGGUUUUUAAGGGUCCGCGCUGCGCCGUAGCGGCAGGACCCAAGCCUCCGUGCAGCGGGUUCCCUUCAGUUCGAAGGGAAUUCCGCCAUUUUCCGGAGGCGCCACCCCGGAAGUCCCCAAACUUAGUUGGUCUCUAAGGCGCUACUGGGAGGAUUUUUUUUAUUUCGCUAAGAAAACAUGCUGUUUAAAAAUGGAUGUACCGUGCUAUAUUAGAAGCAAAAAAAAAGUUGUUUUGAUGAAUUGGAAGAGCUGCAAAAAGAUUCCAUGGAGCACAUGGAUUGAUAAUAUGGACAGAUUCGCUACAUACGAACAAAUUGCAUGUCGACACAAAUUAAGAAUGGAUAAAUAUGAGAAAAUCUGGAAGGAAUAUUUAAGCGAUGAGGCGGAUAGUGGUGGGAAGUAGGGGGAAGAGAGAGAGAGGUGGGGAAAUAUUGUUAAAAAGCAAUAGGUAUAUCAGUGUAUUCAAAUCUGAAUUGUCAAAUUGUGUUAUUAUUGUUAUUUUGGUUUUUGUUGUAUGUCUCAUUUGCGGUUGUUGUUUGUAUUGAAAAAAUGAUUAAAUAAAUUGACAAAGCAAGAAAAGAAAAGAUGCUGUUUUACGAAAACAAAAGUAGCCCCCUCUUUUCUGCGCCCUCCCCCUUAGAGCUGAUGAGGGGGCUGGAUGCCCUAGUACGGAAGCCCUCCCCCAACCUCCGGCCCAAAUGUUUUCUAGGCACCAUUGUGCUCUGAAAGGACAGGCUCUGGGCAUCAGUGAGCCAUUGGUGUUUUUCUCUGAAGGGUCUGACAUCAGCUGCUACGUCUUGGUUUCUCCUGAUUUGGAAGAUGCGAUCUCACAUUCUAACUACUCCCAAACCCAAACAAUGCCACUUUUAGCGUAUCGAUGGCUGUGUGAUCCAUUGCUUGGCAUCCUGAACCUCCACUUCCCUCCACAAGACGUGACAAGGAAACACAUAGAGGCAGACUUCUUUGGGAGCCAGAGGGUGCUGCAGUCAGCUUCUCCCUCUCAGCAGGCUGAACCACCUUAGGCACUUUCACCUUCCUCUAUGUUGCAAAAAUCAGAAGUAUUAAUCAUUUAUGCCUAUUAGAAUUAAUUCACCACAUAGAGGAGGGAGAAAGGUUGUUUUCUGCUGCUCCAGAGAAGCGGACACGAAGCAAUGGAUCCAAACUACAAGAAAGAAGAUUCCACCUAAACAUUAGGAAGAACUUCCUGACAGUAAGAGCUGUUCGACAGUGGAAUUUGCUGCCAAGGAGUGUGGUGGAGUCUCCUUCUUUGGAGGUCUUUAAGCAGAGGCUUGACAACCAUAUGUCAGGAGUGCUCUGAUGGUGUUUCCUGCUUGGCAGGGGGUUGGACUCGAUGGCCCUUGGGGUCUCUUCCAACUCUAUGAUUCUAUGAUUCUAUGAUUCUACCACACUUAAUUUGCUUUUGUACUCAUUGCUUGUCCAUUUCUCAAGGGCAGUCAGAGAGGGUCUGCAAUGCAGGCUCCGUGUAAGCCCCCAAAAUCAAGGAUGGAGCUCGCAGGACCGGCUAGCAGAACAGGGUUUGGCAGGCAGAGAUGGCAUUGCAGAAACGAUAACGUGGCAAAUUCUCCUUUGUUCAACACUGUAUCUCUGGAAUGAAUGCACUCUGAGGUAUAAAAUACUGUGAUUUCCUUCUGUACCUUCACAGACUACCGACUUGGAAGUCAGGAGUCUGUUUCUCUCUCUUUUAUUCAGCUGAAUAAACCUGAGUUCUCCCUCUCAGAAAUUCUGACUCCCUUUCCUUUGGUUGGGGGGUGGGAUCUGGAAAAUGUACCUAGGGGAAGAACAGCAUAGAUUUAUGCAAUAUGUGCUCCGACAUGGCCUAGAUCUAGCAUAAACAAACCUCAGGAAGGUGGCUGACUCCCCUUGCUUGGAGGUCUUUAAACAGGGGUGGGGGGCAUAUGUUGGAGAUUCCUGCAUUGCAGGGGGUGGGACUAGACCCUUGGGGGUGCCUCCAAGCCCUACAAUUCUAUGCUUCUAAGGUACUACUUAGUGAAUACACAUUCAGCUCAAGAUUCUGCCCUCAACCCUCCUACACAAAUACCUAUUCCUGCUUCCCAAACCCUUUCCCCAAAUUUCUCUUAGGGUGUACCCACACUUUGCACCACACUUUAUAGGCACAGGUCUGUAUUAUAAGAGUCAGUGUCUGAAUGCUUCGCCCCUCUUGAGCUGCUUUCCUUGCUUAAAACCCGCUCUUUAAUGCUGAAUUGUAACAAACAGCAGUUUGGGUUUCCCGUGGAUUGCUGUUUGCGAUGAUACAGCGGUAAAGAGCGGGUUUUUGAAAGAAAAGUUCCAGGGUAAGGUGGGUGGGUGGGGAAAGAAGGGCUUGGACCCAGCACUUUAAAACAUGGUCCUGUGCCCAGAAACACAGCACAAAAGGUAGUCUGGAUGAGCCCUUAGUUUAAGGAACCUUAGCAGAGGGGCUGGAAGCUUCUCUGAUGUCCGCAUCUGUAGAAUCAUAGAAUCAUAGAAUCAUAGAGUUGGAAGAGACCACAAGGGCCAUCGAGUCCAACCCCCUGCCAAGCAGGAAACACCAUCAGAGCACUCCUGACAUAUGGUUGUCAAGCCUCUGCUUAAAGACCUCCAAAGAAGGAGACUCCACCACACUCCUUGGCAGCAAAUUCCACUGUCAAACAGCUCUUACUGUCAGGAAGUUCUUCCUAAUGUUUAGGUGGAAUCUUCUUUCUUGUAGUUUGGAUCCAUUGCUCCGUGUCCGCUUCUCUGGAGCAGCAGAAAACAACCUUUCUCCCUCCUCUAUGUGACAUCCUUUUAUAUAUUUGAACAUGGCUAUCAAAUAACCCCUUAACCUCCUCUUCUCCAGGCUAAACAUGCCCAGCUCUCUUAGCCGUUCCUCAUAAGGCAUCGUUUCCAGGCCUUUGACCAUUUUGGUUGCCCUCCUCUGGACACGUUCCAGUUUGUCAAUGUCCUUCUUGAACUGUGGUGCCCAGAACUGGACACAGUACUCCAGGUGAGGUCUGACCAGAGCAGAAUACAGUGGCACUAUUACUUCCCUUGAUCUAGAUGCUAUACUCCUAUUGAUGCAGCCCAGAAUUGCAUUGGCUUUUUAGCUGCCGCGUCACACUGUUGGCUCAUGUCAAGUUUGUGGUCAACCAAGACUCCUAGAUCCUUUUCACAUGUACUGCUCUCAAGCCAGGUGUCCCCAUCUUGUAUUUGUGCCUCUCAUUUUUUUGCCCAAGUGCAAUACUUUACAUUUCUCCCUGUUCAAAUUCAUCUUGUUUGUUUUGGCCCAGUUCUCUAAUCUGUCAAGGUCGUUUUGAAGUGUGAUCCUGUCCUCUGGGGUGUUAGCCACCCCUCCCAGUUUGGUGUCAUCUGCAAAUUUGAUCAGGAUGCCCUUGAGUCCAUCAUCCAAGUCGUUGAGAAAGAUGUUGAAUAAGACCGGGCCCAAGACAGAACCCUGUGGCACCCCACUAGUCACUCUUCUCCAGGAUGAAGAGGAACCAUUGAUGAGCACCCUUUGGGUUCGGUCAGUCAGCCAGUUACAAAUCCACUGAGUGUUAGCAUAGUCAAGACCGCAUUUUACCAGCUUCUUUACAAGAAUAUCAUGGGGCACCUUGUCAAAUGCCUUGCUGAAAUCAAGGUAGGCUACAUCCACUGCGUUCCCUUCAUCUACCAGGCUUGUAAUUCUGUCAAAAAACGAGAUCAGGUUAGUCUGACAUGACUUAUUUUUCAGAAAUCCAUGCUGACUAUUGGUGAUCACAGCAUUCCUUUCUAGGUGCUCACAGACUGUUUGCUUAAUGAUCUGCUCCAGAAUCUUCCCUGGUAUUGAUGUCAGACUGACUGGGCGGUAAUUAUUUGGGUCCUCUCUUUUCCCUUUUUGAAAAUAGGGACAACAUUUGCCCUCCUCCAGUCUGCCGGGACUUCGCCUGUUCUCCAGGAAUUCUCAAAGAUGACUGCCAGUGGUUCUGAGAUCACAUCUGCCAGUUCUUUUAAUACUCUUGGAUGCAGUUCAUCUGGCCCUGGAGACUUGAAUACAUCUAAACUAGCCAAGUAUUCUUGUACUAUCUCCUUAGUUAUUCUGGGCUGUGUUGUUGUUUUUUUAAGGGGGUCCUCAGAAACCGUUGCCGUUGCCAGUCCAGUGAGCCAGAUAUCUUCCAGCAGGGCUUCCUCUCUCCCUGGACACCUUUCUCAAUAUCACCCACCCUAAACAGACUCCCCAAUGCCAGGCAUUCCCAGUUCUUAAAAUUGUUGAAUGGGAAGGGACCCCAAGGUUCACUCUAGCCCUUCACCCCUCCAAGCAACCCCCAAACAUACAUAGCAGACCUGCCCGCUCACACUGGGCAGGCACAGUUGGCAGCAGAGCCCAGAGGAUGAGCGAGGGACCCAUCGCAAAGAAGAAGCAGAACCUGAUGGAUCUCAUGUUGGGAGGCAGCUCUGAAUGGUGCUCAGGGCUCAGAUUGGCAGCCAUAUAUCCCCCUCCUUCCUCCCUCUCCCCCUCCUCUCCUGGGUUGGGCUGGGACAGAAGCCAAGCGGAUUUGAGUGUGUGGCUCCAGCUGGCUCCUGGUUCAGAUAAUUUCCCCAUGACAGCCAAUCAAAAAGAAUUUAAGAAGCACCUGCUGGAUCUAGCCAAUGGCCGUCCAGUCCAGCGUCCUCUUCUCAAAAUGGCCAACCGGGAUCUGGGCAGAAGAGCAAUACUCUCCAUUCUGAAGGAAAUCAGCCCUGAGUGCUCUCUGGAAGGACAGAUCCUGAAGCUGAGGCUCCAAUAUUUUGGCCACCUCAUGAGAAGAGAAGACUCCCUGGAAAAGACCCUGAUGUUGGGAAAGAUGGAGGGCACAAGGAGAAGGGGAUGACAGAGGACGAGAUGGUGGGACAGUGUUUUCGAAGCUACCAGCAUGAGUUUGACCAAACUGCGGGAGGCAGUGGAAGACAGGAGUGCCUGGCGUGCUCUGGUCCAUGGGGGCAUGAAGAGUCAGACACGACUAAACAACAACAACAAGUAGUAGAAACUUUUCUAAUCGUAGGGUGCUGUAACUUGCAAUUGGGUCAGUCUAUGAAUAUGUAGUGCCUUAAAGGUAAAGGUACCCCUGACUGUUAGGUCCAGUUGCAGACAACUCUGGCGUUGUGGCGUUCAUCUCACUCUAUAGGCUGAGGGAGCUGGCAUUUGACAGCUUCUGGGUCAUGUGGCCAGCAUGACUAAGCCGCUUCUGGCAAACCAGAGCAGCGCACGGAAACGCCGUUUACCUUCCCGCUGGUACCUAUUUAUCUACUUGCACUGAUGUGCUUCCGAACUGCUAGGUGGGCAGGAGUUGGGACCGAGCAACGGGAGCUUUGAACCACCAACCUUCCUAUCAGCAAGCCCUAGGCUCUGUGGUGUAGACCACAUCGCCACUCACGUUCCCCAGUGUGGUGCCUUAAGAGAUAACAAUUAUGUAUAUUCCUCUGUCCCUGUUUGGCUGGCUUGCAAAAUAAAACCCUUUGUUUUCCUCAUUUGCUGCAUGAGUUUUCAUUCAGCCCCAAACGUUGAUUUUUGCAACACUACGCUCUGGAGCAGGAGAAAACAAGCUUGCUCCAUUCUCUAUCUGACAGCCCUUGAGAUAUUUGAAGAUGGGCGUCAUAUCUCCUCUCAGUCUCCUCUUCUCCAUACCCAACUGUCCAGAACUUGACACUGGACUCCAGGUGGUCUGACCAAAGCAGAGUAGAGCACCACAAUUACUUCUCUUCAUCUGUUGAUGCAGCCCAGAAUAUCAUUGGUUUGUUUUGCUGCUGCAUCACACUGUUGACCCAGGUUAGAACGUUAUGUACUUUUCAAAUGUCAAGCCGGAUUAUUAAUAUUAUUUUUAGAAAAACCUGUUUAGUCUUAAAGUAAGCAUCUUGGAGUUGUUUUAACUUUUAGCAUCCUGUUUGCAUCUUGAUUUAGUUAUGCAAUUCAUCAGUCAGAUUGUGUUUUAUGUGGGUUAUUAUUUGGGCCUAUAAUUACCGAUAUACUUGCCCCCAACUAUGUAUCCAGAAGGCGUUUCAGUUGCAGUGAAUGGUUUAUCAUUGCGGUGUAUUGUGAUGUCAUUGUUGCAGAGUAGAGUUUUAAAAACGAACCAUAAAUCCAUCCAUAUUGUUUUUCAGGUUAGUGAUAGUAUCUUUUGCUUCCUCUUUGUAUCUUCCCUUUUAUACGGGUGCCUUAAGGAGUUGCAAAUUCACUUCAGUUCCCUUUGGCAUGGAUGUAUUUGCAAAUAUUUGCUCUGUCUCAGUGGCACCUGGAUGUUGCAAUUGUCUUGCAGUUUCAGAUUCAGACGUUGCUGUUUUGUCAGUAUAUUUGAUGACUGUCUUUUAGCUAAGUUGGCAAUAAUCUGGGUGCUUCCUUGCCAGACUCAGGCCAUCAUUGUCUCUCCGAACUGCUGUAUUUUUCCAGCUAGAGCCAUUGGCACGUGUGAGAUGUAAGUCGAGGUACGAGUUUGGAGAGGGGGCGGGAAUGAGGAAGGGGCGACAUAUUGAGGUGUGUCGUAUGCUGAUUGGCUGAGGGUGACGUGUGGCUCGUAGAACAUCCACACCUCUUCACAUACAUAUGUGAAGUUUUCAGGUCUUGGUUUACAUAUUUCAGUAGAGUCUAUAUACUAUUACUGAGAUAUAAGGUAAGGUAAGGUUCAUAACAUAGCUCUUAUGUUAGUUGUAUUUUUCCUUAACUGUGUCAGGUUUCAUAGGUAGUGUUUUGUGUGGGGCUACAGUUAGUUUAAGAAAGUUGAAGUUGUAUUUUUCCUAGGAGUCAGAAUGUUUUUCUGCUAGUGACAGAAGCAUCUGGUAAGGACUGUGUUUCUUCUGCUGGUGAAUUGCAGGUCUAGCGAGAAAAGGUUAGGAUUUAUUCUUGUAGAAGGAAGGUGUACAUGCAAUGUUUUUACAGGUUUUUUACAUAUCAAUACUUCCUGCUCCUAAUAAAUGGGGGGGAGUGUCAGUUUGCAUUUCUUAGUACAGAAAGUAUUGAUCUGAUGUGUAGAGUUCUUUCCUAUUCUACUUGGUUCAAGAGUGUUCUGGAAAGUUUUCUUUCCACGUGAGAGAAACAAGCAGAAGGUUCUUGUUUGGGUUAUGUCUUCUGGGAAGCUGAGGACAGCUGGUUUAAACCAUUUCUGUUUAAACCAUCAUGCUGACGAUUAUAGACCAGAAGGAGCCUGGGCUUCACUUGCUUUCUCUUUCUGUCUCGCUGUUCUGGUGUGCUAUAGUGUUCAGGUUGAGUCUUAUUAUAAAUCAUUGUAAGUUUUAUUGUAAGUACUGCAACUGGAUUUUUUUAUGGACUGUGCCAAUCCUGAAUGUAUUGGAUUUGUGACAAUGAAGCUCAUUUACCUUCAGUAACAGUAAAGUAGUAGUAGCAGUAGUAGUAAUAAUAAUAAUAAUAAUAAUAAUAAUAAUAAUAAUAAUUCAUUUAUACCCCGCCCAUCUGGCUGGGUUUCCCCAGCAACUCUGGGCGGCUUCCAACAGAUUAUUAAAAUACAAUAGUACAAUUGCCUCUGGUCUAUUUCCUGGAAACUCUGCAUCGUGUUUGAGUUUUCUCAUCCUCCACGCAUGUGCUUCAAUAUGUAGGUUGUUAUUUGGGCUUAGAAUUACCGAUACGCUUGUCCCCAACUAUGUAUCCAGAAGGCGUUUCAGUUGCAGUGAAUGGUUUAUCAUUGCGAGGUUUUGACAAUGUAUUUGGAUGGCAUGCAUAUUUGUGGUUUGAUAAGGUCAAAGCACAUAAAGCAUUUAAAAAUCAUAUUGUCAGGAAAGCAUUGUUUAAUGUCUGGAUAAGAUAUAAAGACCUACUGGAAAAUAAAACCCCAAGGUGGCUGUCACCGAUGGAAGCGAAAGCUCUGAAAAAGCUCAAUAUGGAGGCCAAAUGGCUGAAAUAUUGGGAAAUUCUGGAACAAGAGGGAGAUAGACUGAAAUUGCAGAGCUCUGAGAAACUAAAAAACAAAGUGCGAGAUUGGCUUCAUUAUUAUCAGAUAAUGGAGGCAUACAAUUUGGAUAAGAAAAUUGGCUUCCAGGUGGAAAAAUCAAAAUUAGAAACAGAACUGUUAGAACCCAAAACUAAGAUUUUGUCAAAGAUGUAUAACUUGCUGUUGAAAUGGAAUACUCAGGAUGAAACGGUGAAAUCUGCUAUGAUUAAAUGGGCACAAGAUAUUGGACAUAACAUAAUGAUGGCUGACUGGGAAGUUAUGGACCACAGGUAUGAAGUUUACGGCAUGCAAUGCCUUAAGAGAGAAUAUUAUGAAAAUGAUAUACAGGUGGUACAUGACACCAGUCAAGCUUGCAAAAAUCUAUCACUUGCCCGAUAAUAAAUGUUGGAAAUGUAAAGAGACUGAAGGUACAUUUUUUCACCUUUGGUGGACUUGCCCAAGGAUUAAGGCUUUCUGGGAGAUGAUCUAUAAUGAAAUGAAAAAGGUAUUUAAAUAUACCUUCCUGAAGAAACCAGAGGCCUUUCUCCUGGGCAUGGUCGGCCAAUUGGUGCCAAAGAAGGACAGAAUUUUCUUUAUGUAUGGCACAACAGCAGCAAGAAUACUUAUUGCAAAGUAUUGGAAGACACAAGAUCUACCCACUCUGGAAGAAUGGCAGAUGAAGGUGAUGGACUAUAUGGAACUGGCGGAAAUGACUGGCAGAAUCCGAGUCCAGGGAGAAGAGUCGGUGGAAGAAGAUUGGAAGAAAUUUAAAGACUAUUUACAGAAAUAUUGCAAAAUUAAUGAAUGUUAGAAUGAUGUCAGAAUGAAAUUAAGUGGUCUUAGCAGCAAUGUUAUAAAGGUGUAUGUACAAAUGGAUUGUUAACAGAUGAGAAUCUAAAGUUAUAAUAUGUUAAAUUAAAGGAUUAAGACAAAAACAAAGAGGGAAAGGAAUUGCUGAAUUAACUAAUAGAACUGGAAUACAAAAAAGGGAGGUGUGAGGAAGUCAGGGAAGUAAGGAAAUGAAAUGUAAGUUAUGGAUAGAUCAAUGUGUUUUUCUUUUAAGUGUUUUCUAUCUUUUUUCUGUAUUUUGUAUUUUUUUCUUUUUUAUUUCUUUUUCUUUUUCUUUUCUUUUUACAUAUGUAAUUUUUUCUUUGAAACUUUAAUAAAUAUCAUUUAAAAAUAUAUAUAUCAUUGCGGUGUAUUGUGCUGUCAUUGUUGCAGAGCAGAGUUUUAAAAAACGAACCAUAAAUCCAUCCAUAUUGUUUUUCAGGUUGGUGAUGGUAUCUUUCGCUUCCUCUUCUUAUCUUCCUCUUCUUAUACGGGUGCCUUAAGGAGUUGCAAAUUCUCUUCAGUUAACCUUUGGCAUGGAUGUAUUUGCACAUUUUUGCUCUGUCUCAGUGACACCUGGAUGUUGUGAUGAACGUAGACAUUGUCUUGCUGUUUCAGAUUCAGACGUUGCUGUUUUAUCAAUAUAUUUGACAAAUGUCUUUUAGCUAAAUUGGCAAUAAUCUGGAUGGUUUGUUGGCAGAGUCAGACCAUCAUUGUCUAGCUGAAUUGGUGCAUCGUUCCAGCUUUUCCAGCUGCAGCCAUUGGUAUUUUCUUUUUGUAUAAGAACUAGUAUGAAAGAGACCUCCCAGCAUUCUCACAGGCCCAUAUUAGAUCAGCAUAAACAGUUGGGCCUGAUGAACAUUUACUGUUCCCAAGCCUAAUCCCGCGGAAAGCCAUCUAAUUAGAUUUUAAUUUGACCCUGACCUGUUUUUAGGAGGUCAUUUAAUUAUUGUUUGGUUUUAUACCAAUGUUAUAUAUUUGAUGUUAGCCACCCUGAGCCCAGCUUUGGCCGGGGAGGACGAGAUAUAAAUAAAAGAUGAUGAUGAUGAUUAUUGUUAUUAUUAUUAUUAUUAUUAUUUAAGGCAUGACUGCAGGGAGGGAGGGGUGACAUCAUGGGUUGUGUCGUGUGCUGAUUGGCUGAGGGUGGGGUGUGGCACCCAGAACACCCAAACCUCUUCACAUACAUUGUGCCUGUAAUCUUGGCCAUAGGGGUGGGACACCUGCAGCCCACCUAAUGCUGCCCCUCCCUCGUGUUGACUGGGUCCUGCAUGGCAGUUUUUCUAAGACAGAACCAGAGAGGAAGAGAGCAGCUGAAGAAAUUUGCUCUUCUAACGCAGUACGCUGUGUGGGCUACUUAUUUAGACAUUCAUCAAAGUGCCCUUACCGAAAAGUCUGUGUGUGUCAACUUUGCAUUUAAAAAUCUUGCUCAAGCAUUCUCUUGUGUGCUAAGCUCAACUUCUGCUUAUGUCGCUUUCGCCACGAUUAUGUAUUCAUCUUGCGGUUCUGUGUCCUCAUAGUCUUGCGUUCCUCCUUGAUAUCCCCUGUAUUUAAUCAGAAAAUGCUUUAUUUUCUAUGUGAAUACGUGCAUAUUAUUCUGGUCCUACAACAGGUGCCGCACAUUGGGUCAAUAUCUUCAUCAAAACAAGGUCUAGUUCCUGAAACACCACCACCAGUCCAGACCCCUGUAUGACUCCUGGUCCUCUGAAGGUCAGGGAGAGGGGAUUGGGGGAAGCAUCUGCAUGGGUGACAAGGCCCAUCUAAGGGGCUGGGCUUGUUUUGCAGGCUCCCCUCUUUUCCCCACCCCAGUUAGGCAUUUAAAAGGAACAUGUUGAUAACAACAACAACAAUUUAUUUAUACCCCACCCAUCUGGCUGGGUUUCCCCAGGCACUCUGGGUGGCAUCCAACAAAAUAUUAAAAUACAGUGGUCUGUUAAAUAUUAAAAGCUCCCCUAAACAGGGCUGCCUUCAGAUAUCUUCUAAAAGUCUGGUAGUUGUUCUUCUCUUUAACAUCUGUUGGGAGGGCGUUCCACAGGGCGGGUGCCACCACCGAGAAGGCCCUCUGCCUGGUUCCCUGUUACUUGGCUUCUCGCAGGGAGGGAACCACCAGAAGGCCCUCGGAGCUGGACCUCAGUGUUUGGGCAGAACAAUGGGGGUGGAGACGCUCCUUCAGGUAUACUGGGUCUUUGAGGCUGUUUAGGGCUUUAAAGGUCAGCACCAACACUUUGAAUUGUGCUCGGAAACAUACUGGGAGCCAAUGAAGGUCUUUCAGGACCAGUGUUAUGUGCUCUUGGUGGCUGCUCCCAGUCACCAGUCUAGCUGCCGCAUUCUGGAUUAGUUGUAGUUUCCGGGUCAACUUCAAAGGCAGCCCCACGUAGAGCGCAUUGCAGUAGUCCAAGCAGGAGAUAACUAGAGCUUGCACCACUCUGGCCAGAUAGUCCACCGGCAGGUAGGGUCUCAGCCUGAGUACCAGAUGGAGCUGGUGGACAGCUGCCCUGGACACAGAAUUGACCUGUGCUUCCGUGGACAGCUGUGAGUCCAAAAUGACUCCCAGGCUGCACACCUGGUCCUUCAGGGGCACAGUUACCCCAUUCAGGGCCAGGGAGUCCCCCACACCUGCCCGCCUCCUGUCCCCCCAAAACAGUACUUCUGUCUUGUCAGGAUUCAACCUCAAUCUGUUAGCUGCCAUCCAUCCUCCAACCACCUCCAGACACUCACAGGACCUUCGCCGCCUUCACUGGUUCUGAUUUAAAAGAGAGGUAGAGCUGUUGCAACCUACUUUGGAGGCCACUCACCUACAAAGGGACGGAGUCCCUGCUCAGCAAGGAGCCUUUGGGUGGAAUGAAGGAGAGGUUUAUCCUUGCAGGUUUAUUACCUUAACAUCGGGUUUUAGGAAAAACUCUUUAUCCUUGCAAGAGGAGAUGCUCACUUGCUCCUACUCUGAGAAUUGCAUCCUCCACAUCUCUGGGCAAAUUUGGGGAGGGUGUGGGUUGCAUACAUAGGGGGAAGCAGUUCUGUUGCACAAGUGUAACUCUUAUGCCAUCCCGGUGAUGAAAACCAACUAUCACCGUUGUUGCUGAAGUUUCCUCUUGCCCAACCAAGGGCUGUGCUCACCUUUCUCUAACCGAGGGUUUAAAUCUUGGCCCAGAUCAGCCACAGCAUCCAGACUCUUCUGCCAGUUGCAUCAGGAACAGCACCAUGAAAGCCAGCCUCUUCCUCGUCUUCUUCCUCAUGGGCCUCCUCACCAUCUGUGUUGAGCUGCCGUCUGCAGCUGGACAAGGUAAGGGCAGAAUCCCAGGCCAGAUAGGCUUCCUCCUCCUCGGGCGGUGUUGACCAUCUGCACAGCCUUCCUCUGAACCUGCUCCAACCUGACUCCACCCUUCUUAAAGUCCACCACUUUCUGGGGAAGUCUGUUCCAUUGCUGAAUACCUCUUACCAUCAGAAAGCUCUUCAUAAUAAUGAUAAUGAUAAUGAUAAUAAUAAUAAUAAUAAUAAUAAAUUACCCGUAUUUUUCGCACCAUAGGGCGCACCGGACCAUAGGGCGCACCUAGUUUUUAGACGGGGAAAUCAAUAAAAAAAAUCUCCCCCCCCAGCCCCAAAGAGCAGCGUACAGGCUGCGCACAACCUCUCCCUGCCGGAGGGGUUGCGCGCGGCUAUGGAACAAGCCAAGGCAGCGAGCGGGAUCCAUCCCACUCACUGCCUUGGCUUCCUCUUUAGCCCCACGCAAUCUCUCCCUCCCGGGAGAGGCUGCAUGAAGCUAAAGAAGCCAUAGCCCCGUAUAGCCUCUCCCUGCCGGAGGGGUUGUGCGCGGCUAUGGAGCAAGCCUGCAUUCGCUCCACGGGACGCACACACAUUUCCCCUCAAUUUUUGGAGGGGAAAAACUGCGUCCAAUGGAGCGAAAAAUACGGUACUAUUAUUAUUUAUUUAUAUCCCACCCUGCCCAGCCGAAGCCGAAGCUGGGCUCUUGUCAUUUGAACCUGGAGCAGCAGCAGCAAACCAGCUUCCUUCACCUUCCAUGUGAUGGCCCUCCAGAUAUUUGAGAAUGGUCCACAUGUCACCCCUCAGUCUUCUCUUCUCCAGGCGAAACCUACCCAGCUCCCUCAACUGUUUCUCACAUGGCUUGGUUUCCAGCCCCUGGGUAUGUUUAGCCUGGGGAAGAGAAGCCCCACAGUUGACCUGAUAGCCAUCUUCUGAUAUCCAAAGGGCUGUCUCAUAGAAGAUGGAGCAAGUUUGUUUGAUGCUGCUCCAGAGGUGGGGACCUGAAGCAAUGGAUUCAAAUGGCCAGAAAGGAGAUUCCGACUCAACAUUAGGGAGAACUUUUUGGUGGUCAGAGCUGUUUGACAUUUUAGGGGUGCCAGCACAUCUCUUAGGCUGGCCACUGAGGACUGUGUUGGUGUCUUUGUGAUAGAUGGUUUCAUCUUCCCAUAGGAGCUGGUUGAGCAGAAGGUGGAAGGGCUCACAGCAUUAGCCUUCCAGUAGAUACUGAACCGGGGAAUGCGGGUGGCUCUGUGGUCUAAACCACUGAGCCUUGGGCUUGCUUAUCAAAAGGUCAGCGGUUUGAAUCCCCGCGACGGGGUGAGCUCCCGUUGCUCGGUCCCUGCUCCUGCCAACCUAGCAGUUCGAAAGCACGUCAAAGUGCAAGUAGAUAAAUAGGUACCACUCCGGCGGGAAGGUAAACGGCGUUUCCAAGUGCUGCUCUGGUUUCGCCAGAAGCGGCUUAGUCAUGCUGGCCGCAUGACCUGGAAGCUGUACGCCGUCUCCCUCGGCCAAUAAAGCGAGAUAACUGCGCCUGGACAUAACUGUCCGGGGUCCUCUCUCUCUAGAUACUGAACCCCCAUGAGAUCUUGGGAUGGGGGGCUGAGUGGGGCUGUCCUGGAUUCUCACAUAGGCUUGUGCUUGUUCUGGCCUGAGAUCUGUAUUCCGGGGGAUGGACGCUCAGCUCACGGGCAACAAUGCUUGUGGAAAAGAAAACUUCCACAGCAUUGUGGUGUGGGAGUCAUCUUUCUCUCCUGCAGUGCAUCCUGGACAGUGUCCUCCCAUUAAAGGCCCUGGCACAUGUGCAAUCUCCUGUCAGAGUGAUGAGUCUUGCAGCCCUGGGAGCAAGUGUUGUAGUACUGGCUGUGGAUUUGCAUGCAAAAGAGUCGUUGAAGGUGAGAGAAGCCAGCAGGUGCCAAGCCCAUUGCUCUCUCCAGGAGAGCAGUAGCAGGAAGACACUCAGACCCAGCAGCUUGGCGUGUUGGAAGGGAGCAGUGAGUCCUCUCAUUGGCCAUGGGUGAUGGAAGGCGGGAGGUUUGUUUCUCACCAAAUGAUUGGCUGGUAUAGCAGCGGCGUAUUUGGCCUCCUAUCACAGGUUCUCCAUGAUCUAGAAAGUUCCUUUUCAAAAAAAGGUCAGAGAACCUUUUGGCCACGUGGGCCAGGUAUUUCUCUCUCCAUGAUCCCAAGGGCCAACGGUGACUUGUGGGUGGAAGAAACCACCUGCUCAAUCAUCCCACUGUCAUAGUGACAUCAGGCAGAUUGGGGCCUCGUGUCAAUCAUGCAGCACGUCCACGGCAACCGGCUGGGAAAGGUCUGCUUCCACCUGCCCUGCACCUCCCAUUAGAUUUGGCAUCAAGGGCAGGGCAGGUGGGCAGGAAAAAUGGGGAGGCCGAGGUACCUGGAGGCCCCCCACUCCUGUUUUAAAUGAGAGCCAGGGUUACAGGAGAACAUAGGCCCCAGUGGGCAUUGCUAGAAUCAGGAUAGAAUCCAGCCCACCGGGGAACAGAGCCCCCUGAGCAAAAUGCAGGCCAGGCUUCUAUUUCUGUCCACAACCACUUGCGUCGAGGCCCCCACCCCCAUACCACUCAAUCUUCUUGCGGUUCCUGCAUUGCUCAUUUUUGGAUUAGAUGACCUUUAGAAUCCCUUCUAACUCUACAAUUUUAUCGUACCUUAUUACACCAAUAAAUUAUAGAAACAUUCCAUUUCUCCACAAAGAUUAUCCCUUGUCUGCCCUCUUUAAAACAUUUGUUAGCUCGAUCAUGCAUACAGUAUUCCAUACCUUUGUAUUUUAAUCUUCCAAAGUCCAAAUUCUCAUUCUCACCCCAUGGAUGAUGGCCCAGGGGUUGUACCCCUGUUCACUUCACUUACCAACUUGCCCCCACCCAACCCCCCAUCCUCUUAUCCAACUGCCCUCCCCUGAUAUUUCACCAAACCUUACACCUUGCACCGUGACACCUCACCAUUACCUGUCUAGAGCUCACUAGACCACCCAUACUUCCCUUAGGCCCCACUGCCCUAUCCUUAGAAGCAUUCCGGCAGGUCCUGCUUGCGCUGUUGGCCCAGCUGCAUCUAUUUCCUCCAGCCCCCCCAUCUCGCUUGCCAGCACUGCUGUCAUGGCCCAGCAGCUCUCAGAAGUUAUCACACUGUAGUUCACAGCAUGACCUGUUGGCAGCCAAGCAAAGUGCUGCCUGAUGACAACCUUGCCUUUUUAUUCUAUAUCAAGAUACAGCAUUCUUUCAAAGUGCUGUGUGGAGUUUCCAUUUUCAUUCCACUGCUUGCUACCCGUUGAAAACCAAAUCCCCAGUAGAGCAUCCCAGUAUGAGAGUCACCUUUUUCUCUUCCAGUGCAUCCUGGACGGUGUCCCCGGCCCACUGGACCUGGGGUCUGCGCGGAACUCUGUCAGGGUGAUGCCUCUUGCUCACCUGGGGAGAAGUGUUGCAGCAAUGGCUGUGGCCACCAAUGCAUGAGAGCCAUUAAAGGUAAGAGAAGCCAGCGGGUGCCAAGCCAGUCACUCACAGCAAGGCCCCCAGAAGAACUGCGGCAGGAAGGGAGUUAGGCCAGGAGCUUGAUGUGUUAGAAGGGAGAGGCAACUCCUCUCGUUGGGUAAGGAGGAUGGAAAGUGGAAAUGAUUUUUCUCCACUAAAUGAUUAGAUCAGCGGUUCCCAAAGGUUUUGAGUCGUGGAGCACUUCUCAGGAGAGAAAUUUUUUAUGGAGCACAGUUGCCUCCCUGAUGCCAUAGGCACAUAUUUAUUUAUUUUUAUUUCCUGUCUCUUUACGGAGCCCUUGGAGAUGCUUCACGGGGCACCAAGCGCUCCGUGGAGCCCAGUUUAGGAACCACUGAGUUAGAUGGUAUAGCAGCUGCACACUUUGCCACCUCUCUUGGGUUCCGCAAGGGCCAGCGGCUUGUUGUUUUAUUUAAAUUCUGUAAAUGACAGCUGGGGAGACGAGCUAAUGGUGACGAUGAGACCAGGUGGCCUGGGAAGAACGGCUAAUUAGAGUGCUGAUAAAGCUUGUGUCUGUGUCCACAAUCGCUUGGUUAUAAUCCGCCGCACAAUACAGCACAAUGAUUUUGUGUUGAUGGUUUCCAUGGCUGGUUAGCAACCAACAGGCAUCUGGGAUGAGUGACCUGCAUUGUUAAACUAUGGCAUUCGUUCCCCGAAUAAGUAAUGAUGGCCACUAACUUGAAUGGCUUUGGAAGAGGGUUAGACAAAGGAUGCUUUACUAAAUGUGCCACUGGCCUGAUCUAGGGGCUCUUAGGUUCUUCUGGGGCCUCCAGAGGCAGCCUAUCCAGAGGUUCUUGGGGACAUCUGACUGCUUUGAGAGCAGCAUGCUGGGCCAGAUGGGUCACUGGUCUGAUCCUGCUGCCAGGCUCUUCUGACGCUUUCUCUUCUGUCCUAGGGUAACUUGGACUGCAGAGUGGAUGAGCCCCUCCGUGAGACUCCUCACCUUGAACAGGCACCGCAGCCGACUUCUCUCUGGCUUCCUUAGGAGUAGAAGACUGUACAGUGGCCUGAAACCCUAGGCUCACCCAAUAAAAAUGAUAUGAGUUUCCCAUGAACCUUGGUCUCCGCCAUCAAGUUACUGGGGAGACAAAGGAGAGGUUACUGGUCUGCUGUGAAUGUAUAGCGGUGUGUAAAUGGGAUGGCCUGCUGG